ACACGGCUCCGCUCAGCCGCACGGCGCACCGGCGAUUUCCGGCGCGGCCAUUUUGUUUUUCACCGCUCGCCAAGGGUAGCAGCAUCCCGCCGGGGGAAGGGUCGUAGUCCGCUUGUCAGCAUGUUCCCCGUGGCUAGGGCUGCUCUGAACCUCACCGCUCGUGGCAUUCAGCAUACUGCAGUAAGACAAGCUCAUCGCAAAUAUGAGCCUAACUUCCAUGAUAAAUAUGGAAACCUGGUACUCCUUGGUGGAGCUGCAGUUUUUACUGCUGUCUGGGGAUAUGUGUUUACACAAGCUGGAAUUGAGUGGGGCUUGUCACCUGUUGGCAGAGUCACUCCAAAAGAAUGGAGGGAGUAACAGCCUUUGCUUAUAAUGAACUGGUCUAAACUUUCACUGAAAAAAAUGAUGGUGUAACGGCAUUUGUUCCCUGAUUACCACUUGUACAGUGGCAUUCCUGGUCUAAUAAACAUACCUAGAAACCUG